CUACGAGCGACGGAUCGAUGCAUCCCUACACGCUUUAAUGCAGCCUUUCUUUCUGUCCCUUAAAAAGCCGCCCAGCCAGCGGCCGAGAGAUCGAAGCUAGUAUUCUCCAUUCCAUUCCACACUCGCAUGUGCUGCACGCCGCCUCGCCAUUCACGCUGCUUCGUCUUUAGGUAGCCACCUCUCGUGUCCAUGUCGUCGUCCUCGUCUCGCCCUCCGACGACGCCGAGGGGCGGUGCAGCGGCGGCGGCGGGAUGCGCGGACCCGAACACGACGUUCGUGCAGGCCGACCCGGCGACCUUCCGCGCGCUCGUGCAGAGGCUCACUGGCGCGCCUGGGGGAGCGCCGGCGGCGUCGGUCGAGAAGCAGCAGGUUUCUGGCACUAUCUUCCCGGCGGUGCCGCUGCCUUUGAGGCGGCCGAAGCUGCAGGAGAGGCGGCGCGCGGCGCCGGCCAGGCUGGAGCUCGCGCGGCCGCAGCCGUUCUACUACCACCCUCAUCAUCACAACCACCACCACCACCACCACGGCAUCAUGCAGUACUCGCCGGUGUCGACCAUGGACUACGCCCACGCCCUGGCGGCCUCCUCCUCCGCCUCUUCGCCGUCACCAUCGCCCCCCUCGUCGUGCUCCUGCGGGGUGGUCAUAAGCAAGGAGGAGGAGGAGAGGGAGGAGAAGGCCAUCGCCUCCAAGGCCUUCUACCUGCACUCCUCGCCCAGGAGCUCCGUGGUCGCCGGAGGCGACUCCGGGAGGCCCAAGCUGCUGCCGCUGUUCCCCGUCCACUCCCCACGGAGCUCCUCCUUCGCCUAGCUUAGCGAAUAAUUAGCCGUUACGUCUCUAGCUAGCUAGUCAACCUCCAUUAAUCCCCACGAUAUGCUACGUUUAAUCCUCUGUACCGCCUAGCUAAUUCGCAUUAGAUCAUCCAUGACCAUGAGACCAUGAAUAGUGUUACUUCUUGAUUAAUUAUGUGUAAUUUCGUUGCUUGA